AUUGAACCUCUCGUCGGGCGCAGAGAUUCACGUCGCAGUAGAGCCGGCUCGCGAAAACAAGAAUUUUUCAGCUUCCAACGACGCAUUGUCAGCGCUUUUGCAAAUGCCGAGAAUGCACUGCAUUGCAUUUGAAUGAGGGAGCCGUGUCGGCGGCCUAGCUAGUGGGGACACAAACAACACCCGGGCGCACCACUUUGGUCUAGUCGUUCGCCAAAUUCGCUCGGAGAGGCUUGAUGCCGUACAAGAGCAAUUCCAGAGAGAAGAUGCUGCCCAACAAAGAGCCGUGGACGCCGGCGGACGGCGGCUUCCGAGCCUGGCUGGUCGUCCUCUCCAGCUUCCUCAUCAACGGCCUCAUCUUCGGCAUCAUCAAUUCGUACAGCGUCAUUUACUUCGACCUGCAGAAGAAUUUGGAGGCGAAUGGAAUUCACGACUCGUCCUACAAAGCUUCCCUGGUGGGCUCGCUGACGAUUGGCGCGACCUUUGCCUUUUCUCCGCUGGCCGGAAUAUUGACCGACCGACUGGGCCACCGGCAAACCACCAUGAUCGGCGGCGCGCUGGCUGUCAUGGGCAUGGUCAUGUCUUCGCUCCUCAUUAAAUAUGUCAAGGCGCUUUACCUCACCUACGGCAUUUUGUUCGGACUGGGCGCCUCGCUGGCCUACACGCCGUCCCUGGCCAUCCUGGGCUUCCACUUCAAGCAAAGGUUGGGCCUCGUCAAUGGAAUCGUUACUGCUGGCAGUUCCGUCUUCACCAUUCUGAUCCCGCUCGCCUUUGGAAAACUCAUUCCUCUCAUCGGGCUCGAGUGGGUUUUACGCUCAAUCGCUUGCCUUAUGAUUUUCAUUGUCGUCGCCGCAAACUUAUUUGAGAUACCAGCAGGAGCAGCGAAGGUCCCAGAUUCAAGCACUGAAAAAAAAGAAUGCCUUAAUUUUGAAAUUUGGAAGAAUAAGAAGUAUGUGAUAUGGGCGCUUGCCAUUCCGAUUUCCCUCUUCGGCUACUUUGUUCCUUACGUCCACAUGGUGAAAUUCGUGUCGGUCAACUUCCCAGACGCCGACGGCAAGAUCUUAGUCAUGUGCAUCGGCCUCACCUCAGGCGUGGGCCGCAUCAUUUUUGGCAAAAUCGCCGACAUGCCGAACGUGGACCGAAUUUUACUGCAGCAGAUCUCAUUCAUCUCAAUUGGCUCUUUGACUAUGCUGCUGGUGGUCGCCCCCGCCUGGUCCUACAUGAUUCUAAUUGCCCUGGGAAUGGGCCUCUUCGACGGCUGCUUCAUCAGUCUGCUCGGACCGAUCGCGUUCGAUUUGUGCGGCUCCGAGGGCGCUUCACAGGCCAUCGGCUUUUUGCUCGGACUCUGCUCCAUUCCACUCACAGUCGGACCCCCUGUUGCAGGCAAGCUCUUUGACCACUUCAACUCCUACACGGUGCCCUUCCUGCUGGCUGGAGGUCCACCGAUUUUAGGCGCCAUCGCUUUGUUCGCCAUCAAGUGCGUCAAAUCCGAGCCAAAGAACAACUCUCAGGGACUCCACAACAGUGUGUGAUGAUCAUUUAUUAUAAUUCCCUAAAUUAUUUCUCAGCAUUUAAAUAUUAGCCUCGCUCAUUGUGAUAGUAAUAACGAGAUCAAAGAGAUAUUUUAAAAGAAUUUUGUAGCUCAUCAACGAAGUCAUAGUUUUCUCUCAAAAUAAAUAUAUUUAAGAUGUCAAUUAAAGUUUAACAAAGAAUUUGUUUUGUAAAAGAAAAUAUUUCCCAAUCUGGAAUAGCAGGUUUACUGUGUAUAAAUUCAAUUUAACUUAAAAUUUUCCAAGUCUCUGAUUAGUUUUUUGCUGUUCUUUAAUUGCUUUAAUUAAGAGGUAGUAAAACUCUCAAGUGCAGUUUCUGCAGGCGGUGAUGAGUAGCUUUUGUUCAAUCACGUUGAUUAUUCUCCAAACAACAAAAUAUAUUGAAAAAAAUUAUAGUUUACCUAACAAUAAGGAUUUUUUAAAUAAAAAAUUAAAGUAUUCAUAUUAUGUAUUGUUUCCACAUCAUAAUAGGGGAAAUUUUUAUUUAGCUUAUAAUUAUUAAUAUUUUUUUAUAGCUAUUACACAGUUUUGUCCUAUUUUUCAUAAACUUAAUUUAACUUGCACGCACAUUUAGCUGAACACAUUCGCUCUGUCCAGUCAUUCCAACAUUAUCACAUGUUGAUGGCUAUAUAAUUAUUUAUGCGGCGUGUUAACCCCUUAACAGUACAUUUCUUUGUGCUCAAUCAAAUUAUGCAAUUAAUUCCUCGUGUUUAAAAGAAAAUCCAACGUUCAAAUUUCACUUUGUUCUAAAAAAAAAAACAUCAAAAUAAUUUA